UAAGCGACAUAUUUCAUAACACCGAUUCCUCGACAUUUCUUUCCGAAAUUUAUCGGAAAGGUAAAUAAAAACAAAUCCUAUUCUGAGAAUAUAGCAUAAAAUGGCUGGUCCGCUUCCUUCUGGGUGGGAAGCACGAUACGAUCCAAAUUAUAAACGCUAUUUUUACAUUGACCAUUCUACAAAAAAAACACAAUGGGAACCGCCAGUCGUCCCAACAUCAGGAUUUGGGUUAACUAUUCCAAAAGCUGCUUCACAAUCACAAACACAACAGUAUCAACAAAUGCCACAGUAUCCACAAAUGCAACAGCAAUAUCAAAGAGUACAACAAAAUUAUCCACAACAACAACAAAUACAGCAACAACAUGUUCAACCACAAACUCUUUUAAGACAGCCAGUGCAGCCAUUUACAAGUGGAGGAUCGCUUUCUCAACAAUAUCCACAAAUGCAACAGCAAUAUCAAAAAGUGCAACAAAAUUAUCCACAACAACAACAAAUACAGCAACAACAUGUUCAAGCACAAACUCUUUUAGGACAGCCAGUGCAGCCAUUUACUAGUGGAGGAUUGCCUUUACAAGAAGUGUCCAAGACUCAAAAUCAAUAUAAGCCAACACAAAUGGUCCAAAGUUGCUGCACAGUUGCUUGUCCAGCAACUGUGACACAGGUCACAGUUGCUGGAGCUUCUUCUAGUAGUGGAAUUUCAACUAGUACUGGGUAUCGUUCAAAUGCUUCGAAUGCUCCAAAACCAGGAAUGUCGUCAUCUAAAGAUGUCAACAGUGAUAUAUCAGAUGCACAGCAAAAUGAAUUGUUGAGGCAGCUAAAGAAUCAACUUGAUCUCUAUGGAGUUUUAGAUGCCGCUAUUAUUGAAACAUUAGCUGCUGGCAAUUAUGACUUGGCAUUAACAAUUAGCAUUUUUGAAGGAAUGGGUUUCACAAAAAAAGGCGAACAAAAGACUAGUUCUUCUGCGAGUAGAUUUGAAGAAGAAGAGAAGAAAGCAAAACUUGAAGCUGAAAAAAGAAGAAAAGAAAAAGAAGAAGUUAAAAAAAAAGAGGAAGAAAAAAAAGAAAAAGAAAUAAGAAAAAAAGAACAAGAAAAACUACAAAAAGAUGUUGAAACAGAAGCAAGAGUUAAAGAAGAAGAAGCAAGAAAAAAAGAAGAAGAAAUAAGAAAUAAAGAAGUAGAAAGACAAGCCAGUGAGAAUCUUAAAAAAAUGGAAAACAAGAAUAUGUCAUUAACUGUGGGGAACACAGUUCAGACAUUUGGUUCUUUGAAUAAUAAAGGUUCUUCAUAUUCUACAGUUUCAUCUGCCACUAAUUCUAAUUUGUUAAAUAAGUUGGUGUAUUCUGGUAAUGCAAACUACUUUAAUAACAGCGCUGUAACGUCAAAGGAUGAUGCAACAUACCAGUUGCAAAAGAAAAUAACUGCCGUUGGAUCUGAUCCUACUUUACUUAGCGAAAAUCGUAUUCAAACUAAAGGAGGAGAUAUAAGUUUAGUAGCUGGACCGUUACAGCGUUUAGAUAAUGGAAAAGUAAAAUCAUUGGCUAAAGGAUCACUUGUUGAACCGGUUGGUUCAGGAAUGAUUGCUAAAGGUCCAGACUCCUCCCUUCUUCAGAACAAGUUUACACUUGCAAAAGGAGUGCAACGAGCAGUUUAAUAUAAUGACAUUAUAAUUUAUUUUUACAAUUUUAUAUAUUAUUUAAAAUGAACUUAUUGUUUACUGCUUAAUUUGUAUCUCACUGUUUUAUUUGUUUUUGCACAAACUCUAUGAAUUAAAGGGAUAUAAUUUUACAAAAGUUUCUUACAAUUUUUUUAGUUCGAAUAUUUGUUAAUUUGAUAAUUAAAAUGAAUAAUAGGUUAUGUAAAAAAUCUCAUAGGUUUUUCAAUCUAAAUAUUUAAAAUUAUUGCUUAUUUCUUUAAAUUAUCGUGUUGUGUCAUGCGAUCAGUAUUUCUCAACAUACAAAUAAACUGAUCAGAGAAUCUAAGCUCUUUGAUCAGAGAAUCUUUGUCAUAGAAAACCUUUAAAUUUGUAACGAUUUUCUGAAAAUCGAGUAGACGUAAAUUAUAUGAAUACCUUUUUUUGUUAGUUAUCGUAUUACAUAGUUAAUGUAUAAACAAUUGUAUAAAUUAUUUUUAUUAAUAAAAGUGAACACAAA